CAUCCCCUGCAGGCGGCAAAAUCAAAACAUGAACUAUAAUAUUGCAUAAUAAGCACUGCCGAAUGGACGAGAAUGCCAAAUAACACUUCGAAUGAAGCAUAGAAAACAAUGAGCCAAAGUCAAACCCAUGGUGGAGGUGGAAGAGGCUGGGGCCGUGGCGGGCAAUGGAGAGGAAGGGGUUGGGGGCGUGGGCGUGGCAGGGGUGGAUAUUUCAAGCAGUAUGGCAACAGAGGAAAUGGAAGAGGAAACUGGAGAGGAAGGGGAAAUUCUUCACAGAAUUCUCAGGGGAGCAUGAGAUUAAUGGAUGAUCCAAGUCCUCAUCGUCAACCAAUGGUCCAGACUCGCCUUGAAGUUUCCUCACCUUACAAAGGAUGGAAAAUAUAUUUUCCAGAUGAAGGGUACUCUGACCACUCGCCAACUGUGAAGAAGGUUCAACUAUUUGAAAAGUAUUUCCUCAGCUGGUCAGGGAUGUUUAAAUUAUCUGAAAUUGAAGUGAAAGGAUUUUUUACAGUCGACUUCAAGGAUUUGUCAUCAGACCAGUUAUUGAUGGAGGGCCUCCCAGAGCUGGCUGGACAGAUGAGAGAAAUGCCUGACAGUAUUCUGGCCUGCAUGGGGCUUGCUAUGCACCAUUCCAUUUGUCAGCAGAAUGAAAGAGAGGCUGACGCUGACCUGAGGGAUGGGGAAAGCAGCCAAGCAGUAGUCGGUGAUGUCAUAGUGCCUGUCAUUCACGCUAGGGUUGUCAAUUUUGCACAACCCAUACCUCUGAAAAAUGUAAAGGAGUGCAUAUAUAACUGUUAUGGGAAGUUUGUAUGUGUGAAGGGUACCGUUGUGAGGGUGAGCAACAUCAAGCCACUGUGCACCGCUAUGGCGUUUGAGUGUGCCAGCUGUGGAACUGUACAGAGUAUAUCAUUGCCUGAUGGAAAGUUCAUUGUCCCCACAAAGUGUCCUGCUCAACAAUGCAGAGGAAAGACAUUCAUCCCACAACGAAACUCAAGUCAGACUGAGACUAUUGAUUGGCAGACAAUUAGGGUUCAGGAAAUUAUGGGAGAUGGUGGUCAAAAGGAAUCUGGACGGAUACCUCGGACAAUAGACAGUGAACUCACAGCAGAUUUAGUGGACAGCUGUGUACCUGGAGACAUUGUGACUGUGUUAGGUAUUGUGAAAGUCAACAGUGUGGAGGAAGGGAAAGGGAGGAACAAGGACAAGUGUAUGUUCCUACUGUACCUACACGCCAACUCGGUGAGCAACCUGAAGGGCAACAAGUCUGGAGGGGAGGGCAGCUCUGGGCUUGCCAUGGACUUCACCAUGAAGGAACUGUACGCUAUAGAGGAAAUACACAGUCAAGACAAUCUCUUCAGGCUGCUGGUUGGGUCACUGUGCCCUACCAUCUAUGGACAUGAGUUGGUGAAGGCUGGCCUGACGCUGGGUAUGUUUGGUGGCGGUCAGAAGUACACAAAUGACAAGAACCGUAUCCCGGUCCGAGGAGAUCCACACAUACUGGUGGUUGGCGACCCAGGGCUGGGGAAGAGUCAGAUGUUGCAGGCUGUGUCAAACAUCGCCCCUAGGAGUGUGUAUGUGUGUGGAAACACCACAACAACAUCCGGCCUCACUGUGACACUGUCCAAGGAUGGAGGGUCCGGAGACUAUGCCCUGGAAGCAGGUGCUCUUGUCCUGGCUGACCAGGGGUGCUGCUGCAUAGAUGAGUUUGACAAGAUGACCAAUCAGCAUCAAGCUCUCUUAGAGGCUAUGGAACAGCAGAGUAUCAGUAUCGCUAAAGCUGGAAUAGUCUGCAGUCUGCCUGCUCGCACCUCCAUCAUCGCAGCAGCUAAUCCAGUAGGCGGGCAUUACAACAAGGCAAAAACAGUUUCAGAAAAUCUCAAAAUGGGCAGUGCUCUUCUGUCAAGAUUCGACCUAGUUUUCAUCCUGCUGGACAAGCCUGAUGAGGAGAUGGACAACAUGCUGUCCGAACAUGUGAUGGCGCUCCAUGCAGGGAAAAAAAGUGAUCUUCUGGGGGUUACAGUCAGGAGAACUCAGGUUGACCUUGAUUCCUCCAGACUGCAGUGGGAGGCAGACAAGCCACUGAGUGAAAGACUGAAGAUACCAAAGCUCGAUGCCUUUGAUCCCAUUCCUUAUCAGCUGCUUCGGAAGUAUAUAGGCUAUGCCAGGAAGUAUGUUCAUUCAACCAUAGGCCCAGAAGCAGCCAAAGUUCUACAGGACUUCUAUCUGGCCCUCCGUAAGAAGCAUCAGACACAGGACAGCACCCCGAUCACAACCAGACAGUUGGAGUCCCUCAUCAGGUUGACGGAGGCCAGGGCCAGACUGGAGCUGAGGGAGGUGGCCACUGCACAGGAUGCUGAGGAGGUGGUGGAGAUUAUGAAGUUUAGCAUGGUGGAUGUCUACUCAGAUCAGUUUGGGUGGUUGGACUUCAAACGUUCACAGCAUGGCUCAGGCAUGAGUGGGAGGUCUCAGCCCAAGAGGUUUGUGUCAGCCUUGCAGAAGGUGGCGGAUCAGACGUACAACUCCAUCUUCACUGUGCAACAGAUGAGGCAGAUAGCCAAGGACAUCGGUCUUCAUGUUUCUGACUUCGAGGGGUUUGUGGCAUCUCUCAACAACCAAGGCUUUCUGCUGAAGAAGGGGGCCAAGGUGUACCAGCUGCAGACACUUGGAUACUGAUGUGGAAUAGAUGCAUCACUUCACCAGCUAUCUGUGAUACACGCUGUGACUGACUGUACUGUGACAGUUGAACUGUUAACCAGUGAUUAAAUGAUAUACAGUGGUUACAACUUUGUGAAUGCAAAUAAAACCAUUCUUGUA